AUGCGCGGGGCCGCCCCCGGCCCGCCCCGAGCCGGGCAUUGGCCGCGGCGGCGGGGCGGAGGUGGCGGGGACGCCGCGCCCGCCUCCCGCCGCCGCUCCCCCAGCGCCGCCCGGCCAAGUUUAAACACCCCCGGCCGAGCCGCCCCGGAGUUCGCGGGACGUGCCGGGGAGCGCCUGCCAGGGGGGCUCGUCCCGCCCCGCCCGGAGCGCCCCCGCCGCCGCCUAUGCGGGAGCCGCGGGGCCGGCGGAGCCAUGGACGGCGGCGGCGGGGCCCCGCCCGCGCUGGAGAAGAACGCGGCGGAGCUGACGGUCAUGGACGUGUACGACAUCGCCUCGGCCGUGGGGCAGGAGUUUGAGCGGGUCAUCGACCAGCACGGCUGCGAGGCCAUCGCCCGCCUCAUGCCCAAGGUGGUGCGGGUGCUGGAGAUCCUGGAGGUGCUCGUGAGCCGCAACCACAUCAACCCCGAGAUGGAGGAGCUGCGCCUGGAGCUCGACCGCCUGCGCCUCGAGAGGAUGGACCGCAUCGAGAAGGAGCGGAAGCACCAGAAGGAAUUAGAACUGGUGGAGGAUGUCUGGAGAGGGGAAGCACAGGACCUUCUUACCCAAAUUGCACAGCUGCAGGAGGAGAAUAAACAGCUGAUGACAAACUUGUCUCACAAAGACAUUAAUUUCACAGAAGAGGAAUUUCAGAAGCAUGAAGGGAUGUCAGAGAGAGAGCGGCAAGUCAUGAAGAAACUGAAGGAAGUGGUUGAUAAACAGAGGGAUGAAAUCAGGGCAAAGGACCGGGAACUCGGACUUAAAAAUGAGGAUGUAGAGGCUCUUCAGCAGCAACAGAACAGGUUAAUGAAGAUUAACCACGACCUGCGGCACCGGAUCACGGUGGUGGAGGCUCAGGGGAAGGCCCUGAUCGAGCAGAAGGUGGAGUUGGAAGCGUAUCUGCAAACCAAGGAGCAGGAGAUGGGCAGCCUGAGGGCAGAGCUGGGGAAGCUCCGAGAGAAACUGCAGGGUGAGGACAGCCAGGAGAGCCAGAAUGGGGAGGAAGUGAAGGCAGAACCAAACAAUGAUGACUGUCUGUCAGAGUCAGAAAAGAUGGCACUGGACUUAAAAGAUCCGAAUCGGCCGAGGUUCACCUUGCAGGAGCUCCGGGAUGUCCUUCACGAGAGGAAUGAAUUGAAAUCCAGAGUGUUUUUACUUCAAGAGGAGCUUUUAUAUUACAAAAGUGAGGAAAUGGAAGAAGAAACUAGACCUCCUCAACCUCCCCCCAUAAUUCAGUCAAAACCCUCAACUCAACCUGAAUCUGGAAUCAAACGACUGUUUAGUUUCUUCUCUCGCGACAAGAAACGUUUGCAGGCGUCGCAGAAAAAUGUCCACUUCCAGGGAACUUUUGGAGAAUGGUCAAAUUCAAGUAGGGAUGACUCCUACAUGGAACAAGGCCAGGAAGCCCUGCAGCACCUGUGACUGAAGCCCUGAGGUGUCCUGUUUGCUGCAGUAGAUCCGACAGAGUCGUGACAAGAAGCUCCUGUAAAGCACCGCGGCAGCUCGUCACUGGUUUUGCCUCGCACACCUCGGGGUUGUUCCAGACCCUCCCAAAGGGAUCCCUCGCUGUUCACUUGGGGACUGUUUGCUGCAAACAGAGCCCAAGCUUUGUAGUAACAGUUGCUGCCACCCUGGGACGUGGAAGCUUCUAGAUGACUUGUUUUGUGCUGAAUAACAAGUCCACGGUCUUGUUCUUGCAUUAACUACAGUAACACAAGCUUCUUUAAACCAAAAAAGGACCCGUGCCAUUAUUAGAAGUUUGUUUGCAGUGUACAGUAUCUAGUACAGGGCAAAGACUCUUCCACCCUGUUUGUUAACACUAUUGGUUGUUUGCUUUUUAUUUCUGUGAGAAUUUUUUCAAGAGGGACACGACAGCUGGACACCCUCCGUGGCAGCCCAGAGCUCUGCUGUGUCCUGUCAGUGCCGCUGGCAUCGGCAUCCUGCGGAGGAACCCCUUGGAAACCCACCUGGCACAGUGAGAAACUGGAGUAGCCUUGAGAGGGACAGUGAGUGUACAUUUCCCCUGUGCUUAUAGUGCCUAAAGCAUGAAGAACCCUUGUAUGAGGUGAGCGUGCCUUGUGUUUUGCCAUGAGUUCUGCAGUAUUAGUGGAAUACAAAUUGCUUACAGGGAGGAAUCCUAACUCUUGGAUUUUUUCCUUCUUACUGGGGACUUCCCCCCAGAGUAGCAGGCAGCUGCUGGAAAGGAAUUAGAGCUUUCCCACAGAGAGGUUUUUAAUUAAGUCACACUCCAUUUUCCUGUCUAGGUAAAACUGCCCAACUUGAGAGGGACACACGUCCUCAGCUGGCUGACACGAGCUGUUAAACUGACCUAGAGAUGGCCCCAACUGCAAACUAAACACUAAACUCUGUGGGAGCAGAGCAAUGAAUUCUGUGUGCAGGCUGCUCCCCUGGUGUUGGCUCAUGUCUGGGCAGCCCGUGUUACUGGGCUUAACUUGCCAGCCCAGCCCAACUGCCAGGGGCUGGGAUUUAAUCUGCUCUGCAGUCGGAUUGUGAGAGCCCGGGUCUGACCGAGGUCAGACCUACAACACUAAAACCCCACAGAGCAUAACUGCUGUGUCCAGCCCAUGUCAGAGCAUCCCCCCUGCACCACACACUCCACAGGCACCCCCCAGGUGGGAGAGGGCGAGGACAGAGCUGAGGGGUCUUUGUGUUCUGGAAGGUCUGUGCUGGGGCACCGCUGCUGCUGAGGAGCAUCUGGUGGUGGCAGGGCCAGGGGCAGCUCCUGCUCGUGCAGCUCAGUGCCAGGGGCUGGAGCUCUUGGUACCACACCCCCAGCAGCUCCACCUGCUCUGUAAAGAGCCUCCUCUCAGGAGUGGCACCAAGGAUAGGAAAUACUGCUCAGGCUGGAGUAAAGCUCCAACUGCUCCAGGUACUGAGUGCAGGAGGAACUGUUGAAGGACUCCUAGAUGGGUUUAGUGCAGGCCAGUUGAUUUUAUUACAGGGUGAUCCAAGACUGGAUUCUUUGAUGUGUGUGAGCACAGCAAAUGGUUCUCAGCCUGUCUGUAGUGAAAGCCUGACAGGGAACUGUUCCCUCUGUGCUGCUCUGCUCCUGGCUGCAACUGCUUCAUUCCAAACACAAAUCUUCCAUAUGUUCUAGGUAGGGAAAGUGUUUACUGUGCCCCCCUGGUGUUCCUGCAGCUCAGGGUGGGGGGGACAUGUGGCCUUACAUGAGACACCUGCAUUAGACACAGCGAUGGCAGCGGCUGACACGGGAAUUGGGCAGAUGAGCUUUUGCCUGGUUGUGUUUUGGUAACACCCGUGAAACAGCAGCACUUCCCCCACUGAGUGAAAAGCAAUCCUUAAAUGGGGGGAGUGUCUUAAUUUAAUGAGACUUAAGUUGCGAAGAUCUGGAUUCACUUCCAGAUAUGAGAAAACCAGAAGUUGUCCAGUUGAAUUGUGAGUGACCCCGUGGAGUCUCUGCUGGGCGCAGUCCAGUCGUGUGGCACAUCCAGAAGGGAUGCAGUGAGCAGAAACAAUGCCAGAGUAAGCACAUCCCUUUGGAAAUGAGCUGAGAGCAAUGAGCUGGGAUAAUGGAACUGCACAGACUGAGCCUAAGCCUGUGCUCCUGGUGCAGUAAAGCCCGGCCCAGAGCCCGGGGCACCACUGCCAGGCCAGAUCUGCAGCAACAUCAAAGCACAGCACUAAGCAGGACAAGCUUCCCCCACUCAUCUCUGUAGCCCAUUACCUCAAAAACCUCAUUAGUUCCUCCUGACCUGCUGCCAUUAACCACUCGUUGUCAUGUUGGAAGUGCUGAGUUCACAAGUGCCAUCGGGAAGGAUGGCCCAGAGGGAAGCAAUUGUAAAGAUUUUAGAUCUGUCAUGUGUUGGUCCUCUGUAUUCAAGGAACAUCUGCUUUUAGAAAAGGGGCCAGGAUGGUGGCAGGUGAGGGGUGUCACAGUCCUGCCUGCCAAGUGCAGGAUCAGACAUUUUAUGGGUUGGUUUAUUUUAUUUUUUUUUUUGGUUGGACAGUAAAUCAUUUUAACAGUUUAAUAAAUAUUUCUGAAAAACACGUA